AUCACAGCAGUACGAAUCCACUGCGCUCAUGGCAUCAAGGAGAAUGGAGACCAAACCAGUAAUAACCUGCCUCAAAACACUGCUUAUCGUCUAUUCCUUCGUGUUUUGGAUCACGGGGGCAAUCCUGUUGGCAGUGGGACUAUGGGGGAAGUUCAUUUUGGGUCCGUAUAUCUCUCUGAUUGCUGAAAACUCCACAAAUGCCCCAUUUGUGCUCAUCGGAACCGGGACUACCAUCAUCGUGUUCGGACUGUUUGGAUGCUUCGCCACUUGCCGUGGGAGCCCAUGGAUGCUCAAGCUGUAUACCAUGUUCCUGUCUCUGGUUUUCCUGGCAGAACUGAUUGCUGGCAUCUCAGGGUUUGUUUUCCGUCAUGAGAUCAAAGGCACCUUUCUAAGGACAUACAAUGAGGCCGUGCAAAACUAUAACGCUCAGGAUGAGCGAAGCAUUGCUGUGGAUAAUGUCCAGAGGAAUUUGCGUUGUUGUGGCGUUCUGAACUACACUAGCUGGUUCUCCAGCGUUUAUUUCCCUGUCAAUGGAAUUCCACCCAGCUGCUGUGCCAACAUUUCCGACUGCAACAUCUCAGACCUGAGGAACACCACCAUAGCAGUCACUAAAGUCCACCAACAGGGCUGCUACAAACUAGUGACAUCCUUUAUUGAGACUAACAUGGGCAUUAUCGCUGGAGUAACAUUUGGAAUCGCAUUCUCACAGCUGAUCGGGAUGCUGCUGGCUUGCUGUCUGUCACGAUUCAUCACUGCCAAUCAGUACGAGAUGGUGUAGUGGCGUGGGCACAGGUAUAGACGACGUACGACACCUUGGAAAGGGAAAGCAACCCAAAAAUGCUAGCACACUCCAUUUUUAUCAUUCUCUCCUUCCUGUCUCUUUUUAUUCUCUCUUUAUCUUUCAGGCUGUCUUUCCAGGCUUCAAUCUGUUAUUGCAUCAUUCCUUAAUUGUGCAGUUGUGUCAUGACCGAAGCCUCUCUUUUCUUAACUUUAACGUCAGACAGGGAAAAGGAAAUGGUUUUUGAGGCGCUUCUGUGUCUGUAUUUUACUCUGUACAAAGCCUUGCAUGCAGAGACCAUCUCACGCCAUAGACUAGAACUAAAAUCAACAGCAUUUUUAUUUGUGUCCAAAUCAGCUGCAAUCGCAACAAUGUACUGGUUAGGACACGGUAUCAGUUGGUUUUUUGUCCAGUGCUUUUUCCAAGAUGUUUUUGUAUUUAAUCAGCCGCGAUAGCAACAAACAACGUGCAAAGGCUUGGGUUUAAAAUUUUGUCGCAUUGAAUUUGGCAGCCCCAGCCACAGUGAAAUCUCACUGGUCCAAAAUCCAGCUCUUAAUAGUUGUACAUUACACAUUAAAUGUUCUAACUGGCUGUGGUUUUGUCGUUUCACCCAACAUUUUCAGUGCUGUGGGCAGAUAAACCGCAGUGUUAAUUAACCCCUAGAAAGUCACUUCGAUGCACAUUUCUUAGUUACUUGUGUGCUGCUUUUUUGGAGAGGAAAUCAAUUAAAAAAAGAACAAAAAUAAGAAGUUGUUGCUGUUGUAAAAUCUUUGGCAAAGAAAUGUCUUUUUUGUCUCCUUAAAUUUCGUUUUCAUCGCAGUACCAGGUUGAAAGUCUUGUUGAACUUGAGUCUUGGUAAAGUCACUCAAAAACGGUCAAUUCUGCCGUGUUUGUGAAAGUCAAAAACAAGCAGCCUUCUGCCACAUACACAAAUGUCUGUACAGAAUUUGUCGACGUUUAGACUGAAGUGUUAAGAUGUGCCCUAAAACUAGCGGUACUUUUUGGUGUACAGUUCGGACUACGACCUAAACACUGUAUAAUUGCUGAUUGUAUUUCUCAGUCUUUGGGUUGUAGUGACAGUUUUACAUUGUAUCUCUCUCGUGGACUGUCGACACACUGUAUUUUCUCUUUUGUGUAGAGUUUGAUUGUAAGAAUCCAAUCACACUGGGCGUCUCUUUUAGCAUUUAUGGUAUUCACACUUUACAGUUCAGGGAGCAGGCAUUAUUUUCAGUUAUAUUUCAGUAAACAAUGUUGCAAGAAAACGUAUGUGAACCCUUUGGAAUUAGCUGGUUUUCUGCAUUAAUUGGUUAUUAAAUGUGAUCUCAACGUCAUCAAAGUCACAAGUAUAGAUUAGACACAAUGUGCUUAAGCUAACAACACAAGCAAUUAUAAUCUUUCAUGUCUUUAUUGAACACAUUCCAUUAAACGCUCACAGUGCUGUGGAAAAAGUAAGUGAACCCUCAAUGAUGGCAAGCGCUCCAGGCCCCGAAUCAGCAAAGCAGUCCCAAAUCAUGACGCGCCCUCCACCGUACUUCACUGCUGGGAUGAUGUUUUCAUGUUGGUAUGUGGUGCCAUUUUUACACCAUAUGUAGUGCUGCAUGUUCUUCCCAAACAAUUCAACCUUUUCAGAAGUUUUAUCAGUACAUAAAACAUUUUCACCGUAGUGUUGUGGAGUGUCAAGGUGGUCUUUGGCAAACUUCAGGCAUGCGGCAAUGUUUUUGUUGGAAAGCAGCAGCUUCCAUCGUGAUAUCCUGCCAUGGACAUCAUGCCUGUUUAAUGUUUUCCAUAUAGUAACUCAUGCACAAAGAUGUUAACCAGUUCCAAUGAUUCCUUCAAGUCUUUAGCUGUCACUCUAGGGUUCUUUUUUACCUCGUUGAGCAUUCUGCGGUGUGCUCUUUGAGUCAUCUUGGCUGGACGGCCACUUCUAGGAAGAGUAGCUAUAGUACUAAAUCAUCUCAAUUUAUAGACAGUUUGUCUAACUGUGGACAGAUGGAUAUCUAAGCUAUUCGAGAUAAAUUUGUAACCAUUUCCAGCUUUAUGCAAAGCAACAAUUCUUGAUCGUAGGUCUUCUGAGAUCUCUUUUUUGAGAGGCAUGGUCCACGCAGAUGCUUCUUAUCAAAAUGUUUGAGUACUUUUUAUAAGUCAAAGUAGCUCUAACCCACACCUCCAAUCUCAUUUCAUUAAUUGGAUGCCAGGUUUAUCAUGUCCUGACUCCAAUUAGCUUUUGUUGACAUCAUUGGCAUAGGGGUUCACAUACUUUUUCCAACCUACACUGUGAAUGUUUGAAAGACGUAUUCAAUAUGUACAAGAACAAUAUAAUAAUUAGUGAAUUAUUAGUUAAAACAGAUGUUGUUUGUUCAUUGUUGUAAUUUAUGAAGAUAACCAGAUUUUAAGACAAAUUUAUACAUAAAUGCAGGUAAUUCCAAAGGGUUCACAUACUUUUUCUUGCCACUGUUUAAGUGGGUGAAUGUUUGCAUGAGAAGAUAAUGAGGAUUUUGGUAUGAUAAAUAAUAUUUCUAAGAAAGGAUGGUAUAUUGUAAAAAAAAAAAAAGAAAAAAAAGAGAGAGACCCUUUUAUCAAAGUCGUUUAACAGCCGUUAGAUCUUAAAGAAACGGUGGUUGAAAGGUUUACCUUUCGUCAAAUUUGGUCUGUAAAAGAGCUUUAUUUUUAUUGCAAAUUGUCUUGUAAUUUACUACCAACUAAAAUUUCAUAACUGAAUUAUAGACGAAUGGAAAUAUUCACGUGAAAUAAGAUAGAACACUUUCAUUUAUGGCUCUAAAUAAAGUGAAAUUCACAUAAAUAAAAGAUUUUCUGAAGAAUCGACACAGAAAGUUCUUUACUUUGCGAAGCGUUUUGCGAAGCGUUUUGUUGGUUCACAAUUUUUGAAUGCCUGAUUUCAGUCACAUGAGCCAAGCUUUAGAGAGCUCUGUCAUUUAUUUUAUUUAUUAUUCAUUUAUUUUAAAUAUGUGGUAUAAAUACUGCUUUCAAUUUAAAUUAAUUGUUCUGUGAGGUACUGUUAACAAAUUCUGACGAUUCCAUAUUUACACGUGUCAGUGUGCAUGUUUUUUUGUUUUGUUUUUCUAAUUUAAUUUAUUUUUUUUGUAUGGUUUUCUUAUCAUAUAACUUUAUUAUCAUAUGGACUUAGUAUUAUUAUAUUAAUCUUUUAAACAAUCAUUUCUGCAGCUGCCCCUUGUGUUAAAUGGAUCAUUAAGUAUUCGAGUCUGAACACACGUGAUGAAUUACACAUCUCAAGAUAGCCGAGCAGAGUAAUAAUAUACAGUACUUUGUAUAAUGAAAUAAAACUUUUUAAAAUGCAUCACCAGCUAGCAUGCCAACAAAAUGUAUGUUGAUAUUGUAAACAACCGUGAUCUCUAUCAAUAAAAUGGUUCUUCGUCGUU